UCAGCCAAUUUACGACUGUAGCGUAGAGGCCCCUGCAUAUGCAGGCGCUAUACAUUUACUUUUAAAUUUUCGGCAUGGAGCCCAGUGUUACAAUUUAGAACCUUCCCGAAAUAGAAAAAGCAGAACACGGUCAAGUCAGGGAACGGACAGGAGGGGAAAAAACACAAAAACAAAACAAAACAAAGAUGGCUGUGUAGCCAGAGAGACAAGUCCCAACAGAACUCUCUCUCCAGCUGUAGUCUCCGACAGGUUCUGUGCGUGGUCGUGGUCCAGUGGACAGACAGACAAAUCGAGAGCCAGCCGGUACCGGAGCAGCAGGCAGGGACGCGGGGGAGAGCAGCCGAACAGGGCCGCUGGCAGGGCACGUCGUUACCUGCUGUCGUUGCGAAUAACGGACAGCUGAGUGAGGCCGAGUUGUUUUUGUUCUGCCUGGGCUCAGGAAAAAGGACUGCUAGCCUCGCUGUAAGUCAUCUAAACUAGUCAAAAUUUGAUUUCCUUAGUAGCUACUAUAAAAUUUGGCUCAUGUUCUCGUUAUUUCUUAAGAAUUGGCUUGUUAAAAUCAACCUUCCUGUGUGCAGGGCUGUGUUCACAGUGAGCUUGCUUCUGACGUGUUAGCCUAGCUCACGUUAGCUCGACAGGUUGUUAGCUAACCCGAGCUAACGUCCUAAUAUUUUUCGGGCUCAGCCUGGUCCGGGCAGGUACAUAACAGGCAUUUUUCCAGACAGUCAUCGCAAUGUCUUCGCUGGAAGAAAGAGACGUGGGCGUUGCGGUCGCUCCUAGCUCCUCCUCGGCCGGCCUGGGGGUCGGGGCCGUGGGGGCAGCGGUGGAGGCUGUCGCCGGGGUCGCGGCCAUGCAGGAGGAUGUCGGUAUACGGCGAGAGGGGCCCGAGUCUGACCCGGACGAGCCACCCAAAAAGAGGCUGAAAAUACCCGAAGGAGAGUCAGGGAAGCUGGAGGAGAGACUGUACUCAGUGCUGUGCUGCACCGUGUGCCUAGACUUGCCCAAGGCGUCUGUAUAUCAGUGUACCAAUGGACACCUGAUGUGCGCUGGCUGUUUUAUUCACCUCUUGGCCGAUUCCCGUCUCAAGGAGGAACAGGCCACGUGUCCCAACUGCAGGUGUGAGAUAAGCAAGAACCUGUGCUGUAGGAACCUCGCGGUGGAGAAGGCUGUCAGCGAGCUGCCGACAGAAUGUACCUUUUGCCUAAAGCAGUUCCCCCGCUCCAGCCUGGAGAGGCACCAGAAGGAGGAGUGCCAAGACAGGGUGACGCAGUGCAAGUACAAGAGAAUCGGUUGCCCCUGGCAAGGCCCGUUUCACGAGCUGCCGGCGCACGAGAGCGAGUGCUCUCACCCGACCAAGACUGGGACAGAGUUGAUGGGAAUACUGGGAGAAAUGGACCAGAACCACCGCAGAGACAUGCAGCUAUACAACAGCAUCUUCAGCCUGCUGUGCUACGAGAAGAUCGGCUUUACAGAGGUGCAGUUCAGACCGUACCGCACCGACGACUUCAUCACUCGCCUGUACUACGAAACUCCGCGUUUCACCGUUCUCAACCAGACGUGGGUGCUGAAGGCCCGAGUCAACGACUCCGAGCGCAAUCCCAAUCUGUCCUGCAAGCGUACGCUCUCCUUCCAGCUCAUCCUCAAGAGCAAGGUGAACUCUGCCCUGGAGUGCUCCUUCCUGCUGCUGAAGGGGCCGUAUGACGACGUGCGGAUCAAGCCGGUCAUCUACCACCACUCCUUCAGCAACGACACCAACGAGACCGAAUACGUCCCUCUGCCCAUCUCCGACUCGGUGGAGUGCAACAAACUCCUGGCCGCCAAAAACAUCAACCUGCGCCUGUUCAUCUUCCAAGUCCAAAAAUAAAGACCUCUAGAGGAGGAAGGCGAGGAGGAGGAGGAGUGAUGGAACGGAUGAAGGAGAAGUGCGUUGAUUGAAGGCCAGCGUCAAAGAGAGGACGUGAUGAUUAAAGAGAGACACCACUGAA